AUGUCUGAACCACCGAAAGCACAAAUCUACACAACAGCGCAACCAGAUGGAACCUAUGUGACAACAACAACAAAAGAAACCACAAGAUACAGAGAAGACGAAGUCUACAGCUGUGGGCUAGGGCGAACGGAUGCGGCUCGUUGCAUGCAUCCAAUGGGCAUUUUGAGGCUAUGCGAGAUUUUCCUUGCGCUCGUCGCCAUCUCUUUGAUCACAUCCGUUUACGGACCGGGUCCAUUUAAAGGAGUCCUUUUCGGGCAAACGAUGCUCUUAAUUUUCGCUGGAGUUUGCCUCUGUGUCUCCUUCAUUUUCCUCAUCGUCUACUUCUUCGCUCUCGACGAGACACACCUCGAUUUCUGGCCUUGGAAUCUUACGGACCUAGUCUUCUCAGCGACAGCCUCACUUUUCUUCUUUAUCAUGACAUUCGUCGAAGGCUAUUAUUCGACGGGUUCAUGGGCGAACAAUUGCAAUGACAUCGGUUCUGACGGCUUUUUGCAUAAUGGUUGCCGUCUCGUUUACGAGUGGGCUUUCGCAGCGGCUUUGUGCUUCUUGUUGGGAUGUUUAUACGGUUUAUCGGCGUUUUUCGCGCAUCGAUCUCGCUUCCAAGAGGCCGAUCAUCGACGAUUUCGAUAUGAA